AUGGCUCGAAUAUCUUUAGCCAGUCUCAAGGAGACACUUGCAGCAUCAGAAACUGGAUCGGAGAAAUGUCACAACCCGACUCCAAACUCCUCGUCAGGCUCGCCCGAGUCCCAUUGGUCGUGGGGACGAUAUCCUUAUCGGCUCGACAUGAAGAAAGACAACUACGAGUUUCUUGUCAAUUAUAUGGGCUUGAAAAAGUAUAUUGACUAUUCCCAUAGCUCCUCGACAACGUUUGAUAUCAUUCCAACCCAUUACGAGUGCAAAGGAUGGGGAUUCUAUGGCUCUAUAUUCCUUGUCCAUUUUAUUGGCCUCCACAUUACCCAUGACGUCCGAAUUGGGCAGACACGAAGCCUUGGCUGGACUGGGGAUAAGCAGAUGCCUCGUUUCCAGGAUUGUUUAAUGAGGCUCGGAUCUUUGGCACAACAUCCGUACUGCAUCUUGCUCAGUGCUGCCGCUUCAUUCAACUCACACCAUAAUUUCCGCCUCGGCGAGGUCAGCCGAGAUGUUUCCUCAGUUGAGAAGCGGAAAGGAUAUUCAGGAUGGGACAUGAUGUUGCACUAG